AUGUCAGACAAGUCAGACAAGAUGCAAAUCGACAACGCAGGCGAAAUUGAUGAGUCCCUGUACUCGCGACAGCUCUAUGUGCUUGGACACGAGGCCAUGAAGAAGAUGGCCAACUCCAACGUUCUUAUCGUGGGUCUCCAGGGUCUGGGAAUUGAGAUUGCCAAGAACAUUGUUCUGGCUGGAGUCAAGUCGCUGACUCUGUAUGACCCCGGCAAGACCGAGGUUGCAGAUCUCAGUGCCCAGUUUUUCCUGCGAGAGGACGACGUGGGCAAGCGACGAGACCAGGUGUCUCAGCCUCGACUGGCAGAGCUCAAUUCGUACGUUCCUGUGCACGUUUUGGAGGCCAAGGAUCUCUCCGAGGAGGAGGUGGCUCGAUUCCAGGUGGUUGUGCUGACCAAUGCUUCUCUAGAAGAACAGAUUCGAGUCAACGAAAUCACACACAAGCAGAAUAUUGGGUUUGUCAGCACAGACACCCGAGGUCUUUUCGGUAACAUCUUUGUCGAUUUUGGCUCAUCUUUUGCUCUGAUUGACGCCAACGGAGAGGAGCCCCAUUCCGGAAUCAUUGCCGGUAUUGACGAGGAGGGUAACGUUGCUGCUCUCGAUGAGACUCGACACAACCUUGAGGAUGGAGAUUAUGUUAAGUUCACUGAGGUCGAGGGUCUCGAUAUCAACGGUGACACUCCCCGAAAGAUCAAGGUCACAGGUCCUUAUUCGUUCAAUAUUGGUUCUGUUGACGGUCUGGGCACCUACAAGAAGGGAGGUCUUUUCACCCAGGUCAAGAUGCCCCAGGAGAUUUCGUUUGGUUCGCUCAAGGAGCAGCUGGCCAAGCCCGAGUUACUGAUUUCCGACUUCGCCAAGAUGGAGCGACCCGCACAGCUACAUGUCGGCUUCAUGGCCGUCCAGGCGUUCCAGCAGAAGCACGGUCGAGCCCCCCGACCUCAGAAUACCGAGGACGCCAACGAGGUGCUGCACCUGGCCAAGAGCGUCACUGCAGAGUACCCCGACGUGCUUUCUGGAGGCGAAAUCGACGAAAAGCUGCUCACCCAGCUGUCUUUCCAGGCCGCUGGUGAACUGCCCGCCAUGACUGCUCUCUUUGGUGGAAUGGCUGCCCAGGAGGUACUGAAGGGCUGCUCGGGCAAGUUUGGCCCCAUCCGACAGUGGGUCUACUUCGACUCUUUGGAGUCUCUGCCCAAGGACGUGGCUCUAACUGAGCAGUCUGUGGCUCCCACCGGCUCGCGAUAUGACCGACAGGUUGCCGUCUUUGGUAAGGAGUUCACCGAGAAGAUUUUUGCUGUUAAGACUUUCCUGGUUGGCUCUGGAGCCAUCGGUUGCGAGAUGCUUAAGAACUGGGCUCUCAUGGGUCUUGGAAAGGACGGAGAGAUCCACGUGACCGAUAACGACGUGAUUGAGAAGUCCAACCUUAACCGACAGUUUCUGUUCCGACCCAAGGAUGUGGGCAAACACAAGUCCGUGACCGCUACCGAGGCUGUGGCAGAGAUGAACCCUGAUCUCAAGGGCCACUUUGAUGCCAAGCUCGACAAGGUCGGUCCCGAUACCGAGAACAUCUUCGACGACUCGUUCUGGAAGUCUCUGGACUUUGUGACUAACGCUCUGGACAACGUUGACGCCCGAACCUACGUCGAUCGACGAUGUGUCUUUUUCCAGAAGCCUCUGCUCGAGUCAGGAACCCUGGGAACCAAGGGUAACGUGCAGGUUGUCUACCCCAACCUGACUGAAUCGUACUCUUCCUCCCAGGAUCCCCCUGAGAAGGGCAUUCCCCUCUGUACUCUGCGAUCUUUCCCUAAUAAGGUUGACCACACGAUUGCCUGGGCCAAAUCCAUCUUCCAGGGCUACUUUACCGACAAUGUUGAGUCUGUGAAUCUGUUUCUGAGCCAGCCCAAUUUUGUGGAGUCCACCCUCAAGCAGACUGGUGACCAGAAGUCUAUUCUGGAGAACAUCAAGUCGUACCUGGUGGACGAACGACCUACGACUUUCAAGGAGUGUGUCCAGUGGGCCCGUCUGGAGUUUGAGAAGAAGUUCAACGGCGACAUUAGUCAGCUUCUGUACAACUUCCCCAAGGACGCCACCACUUCUACUGGUGCUCCUUUCUGGUCUGGACCUAAGCGAGCUCCUGACGCUCUCGAAUUUGAUUUCAACAACCAGGACCAUCUGGAUUUUCUCAUUGCUGGCGCUAAUCUGCGAGCCUUCAACUACGGUAUCCGAGGUGAUGACCUUGAUGUUUCUGAGUACAAGGAAGUUGUGGACAACAUGACUGUGCCCAAGUUUGAACCCAAGUCCGGUAUUAAGAUCCAGGCCAACGAGAACGAGAGCGUCGACCCUGUGGAUGCCGACUCCGAGGAGCUGACCCAGCUGGCCAACUCGCUGCCUCCUCCUUCUUCUCUGGCUGGUUUCCGACUCACUCCCGUUGAGUUUGAGAAGGACGAUGACACCAACUUCCACAUCCAGUUCAUCACGGCUGCCUCCAACUGUCGAGCUCAGAACUACGCUAUUGACGGCGCUGAUCGACACAAGACCAAGUUCAUUGCUGGACGAAUCAUUCCCGCUAUUGCUACCACCACUGCUCUGGUGACUGGUCUUGUCUGUCUGGAGCUCUACAAGGUGGUGGACAAGCGAGAGGUGAUCGAGGACUACAAGAACGGCUUUGUCAAUCUCGCUCUGCCUUUUCUGGGCUUCUCUGAGCCCAUUGCUUCGCAGAAGAUGGAGAUUGCUGGUGUCGAGCUGGACAAGAUCUGGGGUCGAUACGACAUUCACGAGAACUUGACUCUCAAGCAGUUUUUGGAGUUCUUUGAGAAGAACUACAACCUGACGGUGACCAUGCUGUCCCAGAACGUGUCUCUCCUGUACGCCUCCUUCUUCCCUCCUGCCAAGCUCAACGAGAAGUACGAUUUGACUCUGACCGAGCUGGUGGAGGCCGUCACUAAGAAGAAGCUCGAGCCUCACGUUAAGACUCUGAUCUUUGAGGUUUGUGCCGAGGACCAGGACGGUGAGGAUGUCGACGAUAUCCCCUAUGUUUGUCUCCAUCUUUAG